CGGAGCGGAGCGGGUUGUGCUGUGCGGGCCGUGCCCCGCCGCCUCCGGCUCGCUGUCCCCGCUCGACCGAGAUGGUGCGUUGAGUCAUUUUCAAGUGAUGCUGCUGUACCACUCUGAAGUAAAAAUACAUUAAAGAAUUGAAGGUGCAAGAGUGCACCAGCAUUCUCCUGCCUAGAAAGCCACCCUUCAAGUGAAUGUACUGAAGAUUUCUAGGCUGGGUCGGACAAAUACCUCUACCUCCAGUUUUAUGAAUACUGCUCACCAUGGCUGUGGAACUCUGUUUGCUGCUGCUGCUGUUUUGUGGAAGUACUAUUUCAGAGGUACAGCCUAUAUACAAACCACCUCCUGGAACUUUGGAUUUUGGAUUUGUACCAGCCAAGACGUAUGAUACAGGUGCAUACCAUGAACCUGGGGCAAUAGGAAUUUUGUUUAAAAUAGUACAUGCGUUCCUGUACUUAGUACAGCCAAAUACUUUUCCUCAAGAUCUCAUCAGAAAACUAGCACAGCAGCAGUUUGGAAAUACACAGGGCGAUUAUCAAAAGCCAGAAAAUGUUGUCCUGACUCUUCAGGCCAUCUACUAUGAAAUCGGUUUUAUAGUCUCCGCAGCCUUGGGAUUGCUAUUUAUUUUGUUACUGCCUCUUGUGGGACUUUGCUUCUGUAUGUGUCGUUGCUGUGACAACUGUGGUGGGGAAAUGCAUCAAAGACAGAAGAAAAAUGCUGACUGUCAGAGGAGCUGUUUUGCAACAUUUCUUUUUGUUGCGUCUUUAAUAAUAAGUGUUGGAGUGCUGUGUGCAUAUGCUGCCAACCAGCAUUUAACUAACCAAGUCCGAGGAGCAAAGAAACUGGUUAACAGUAAUUUUAAAGAUCUGAAAAUUUUCCUUAACGACACUCCAGCGGUAAAAAACUUUUAUUUUAUGGGGAAUGAGGGUGGGAGGGAAGAGGCAUAAGUAAGAAAUAU